AUGGCCAUCCUUAAAUUACGAUUGAAACACUCUCUAUCACUGAUAUUAACCAAUAAAUACGCCAAAACUAUAUAUGAUCAUAUCUAUCUAUCUAUCUAUCUAUCUAUCUAUCUAUCUAUCUAUCUAUCUAUCUAUCUAUCUAUUCUAGCCUGUUCCUUCCUAUCUAUCUAUCUGUCUAUCUAUCUAUCUAUUGGGUUUAAACAAAAACUGUUUAGUGUUCAUCAUUUUAAACAAAGGCGCCAUUCAGGCAAUACUACUUCAGUGACCAACUUAUUCUUUCUUUCUUUCAUCGAUUCUUUCUUUCUUUUUGUUCAUUCUUUGUUUUUCUUUGUUUAUCUCACUUUCUGUCUUUUAUUCUUCCGUCCUCUUUCUUUCUCAAUUUCAUAUUUUUCUUUGAUUCCUUGUAUUGCUUUCUUUCUUUCUUUCUUUCUUUCUUUCUUUCUUUCUUUCUUUCUUUCUUUCUUGUCCUCUCGCUUUCCUGUCCUUAUUCUUUCUUAUCUCUUUUCCAUAGAAGACUUAUAA